AUGACGGUUUCCAACGACCACCAUAAAAUUGAUAUCGACGGUAAGCUCUACGAAGUUAAAUGGUCGACACAAGAGAACGUGAAGGAGGAUCAGCACCAACCGAUGAUCGUUAAUGACAAAGCUUCACGUCUCAUGAUAUUUAUUCAAUGGGCUAGAACUAAACUACACAACUUCGAGAUUCAUGGCGGUAGUAAGGACCAGCAGGAGAAGCAGGAGCAGCAGCUAUGCGAAGCUGCAACCAAGGGUGACUGGAAGGCUGCAGAGGACAUGGAAAAGGAACAUAAGGGGAUCCUAUCGAAGGUAAUAAGCAAGGAUAGGGAAGAAACAGCUCUCCACAUUGCGACAAGGUUCAACCAGGCUGCAUUCGUGGAGAAGCUGGUUCAAAAACUGACCAAAGAUGACUUGGAAGCCACAAAUAUAUACGGAAACACAGCCCUUUGCAUAGCUGCGACAUCAGGCGCUGUGGACAUUGCCAAGUUCAUGGUGCAAAAGCAUAAUGAUUUAGUCCUAAUUCCUGGGUCUGGAAAUGCCACUCCUGUUUUAAUUGCUGCUAGAUAUAAACACAACCAUAUGGUUUCUUAUUUCCUCCAGAUGGAAUGGAUCCUCAAACACAUGGAAAUUAACCAGCAAAUGGAGCUUCUUUUUAGUGCCAUUGCCACCGAUCAUUACGAUAUAGCUUUGCUUAUUCUAAAGUGGAACGAGAAAUUGGCAUUGGAUCGAGACAUCAAUGACGAUACACCCUUGCAUAUCAUGGCUCGAAAGUCUAAUACAAUUGGCACAAAAAAUAACCUAACUGAGUGGCAAUCAUGUUUCAAGCCUAUAUACAAGAAGAAAAUGAUGCAAAUACAAGCCUAUCAAACACUAGAAAAGAUGUGGGGUAUAGUUCAAAAUAAGAUUGAUGAAGAUAAGAUUUCGGAUUUCAUUUUACAUCCCUCGAGCAUGCUACACGAUGCUGCAAGGGUCGGAAACGUUGAAUUUGUGAGAGUGUUACUUCAUAAAAAUCCUAAGCUUCUACUGAUGGUCGAUGGCAGUGGGAAGAACAUAUUUCACAUAGCAGUCGAAAAUCGACAACGUAGCGUCUUCAACUUAAUUUAUGAUAUGAAACUCUUCCACCUAGAUGACCUAUUAUAUCAUUUCAACGAGGAAAACAUCAGCUUGCUUGAAUUAGCUGCAAAAAGAGCUGAUCCUGGUCAUCUUGAUCGUGUCUCAGGAGCCGUCUUUCAAAUGCACCAAGAACUUCUAUGGUUUAAGGAUGUAGAGAAUAUAUUAGAGCGUACAAUGAGAAUAAAGAAAGGGAAGCGAACAACAAGAGAAUUAUUCAUCCAAGAACACAAAGAACUUGUGAAAGAAGCAGAAAAGUGGGUGAAGAGUACAGCCAAUUCAUGCAUGCUAGUAGCAACCUUGAUAGCCACCGUAGUUUUUGCUGCAGCCUUCACCGUACCCGGUGGCAACGAUGAAAACAAUGGCUCGCCCAUGUUUCUUAGCCACAAAUGGUUCACGGUGUUCGUCGUCUCAGAUGCAAUAGCCUUGAUCUCAUCUUCGACUUCGAUUCUACUGUUUUUGUCGAUCUUGACGUCGCGGUGUGCAGAAACAGAUUUUCUGUUUUGGUUGCCAUUGGAGUUGGUUCUUGGCCUUGGUUUCCUGUUCGUUUCUGUGCUGGGAAUGGUGCUGGCUUUCAGUGCCUGCUUCUUCCUGCACUAUGGAAGCCAUAUUUCAUGCAUUCCAUUGCUGAUUACUGGGAUGGCUAUUGUUCCUGUUUACUGGUUCUGUGUGCUGCAAUGGAAGCUUUGGGCUGAUGCUUUAGCAGCAUUGCAUGCUAGUGGGAUGUCAUGUUUAUUAAAAUGUAGGCAGAACAAAUGGUUCUGA